AUGAAAUUUGCAGAGCACCUUGGAGCCCAUAUCACUCCUGAAUGGAGGAAACAAUACAUACAAUACGAGACCAUGAAAGAAAUGCUGUAUGCUGCUCAGGAACAAGCACCGUCAUCUGAAGUGACGGACAGUGCAACAAUUGAGCGCUACUUUGCACGCUUUGACGAACGUUUCUUUCAAUUCUGUGAUAAAGAGCUCACCAAAAUAAAUACAUUUUUUUCUGAAAAAUUUGCAGAGGCAACCCGUAAGUUCUCCACAUUGAAUGCAGAAUUACAAGAAUUUUCUCAGCAUGAGGAAAAACAGACCAAUUCCUCACUUCGUCGACGCCGUAGCAGUGUACAUGUGUUACUGAGAGACAAAAACACCAAGGCAUUGAACACUCGCAAAAUGCAUGACCUGAAGCUUGCCUUUAGUGAAUUCUAUCUCAGCCUCAUUUUGUUGCAAAACUACCAGACACUCAAUUUCACUGGCUUCAGGAAAAUUUUCAAAAAGCAUGAUAAGCUUUUUCAGACCAACUGUGGAAUGGAAUGGAGGCUGGGCCAUGUGGAUAUUGCUCAUUUUUAUACAACAAAAGAAGUGGAUCACUUAAUCAAAGAAACUGAGCAAAUUGUAACCACUGACCUUGAAGGAGGUAAUCGGCAAAAGGCUAUGAAAAGACUUCGCGUUCCUCCUUUAGGAGAACAACCAAAUACAUGGGUGACUUUUCGAGUUGGUCUCUUUUCUGGAAUAUUCUGUGUCUUAGUUUUGGUCAUUGCUGUAGCAGCAAAGUUUACCAAACAUCCUAUUCAGUGGGAACCAGCUCUUCGGAUUUACAGAGGACCAUUUUUGCUCAUUCUUGAUUGUUUUUUACUUGGAAUCAACACAUAUGGAUGGCGGACAUCAGGAGUAAACCAUGUCCUCAUCUUUGAACUGGACCCUAGAAACCAUUUGUCACAUCAACAAUUAUUAGAAACUGCAUCUGGACUUGCUGUAUUGUGGGCUGUCAGCGUUCUUCUCUAUUUGUUCAGUAGUUACAUUCAUAUCCCAUCAUUCCUGAGUCCUUUUGUUCUGGUGCUGCUGCUCAUCGUUUAUCUGAUAAAUCCUGUACAGAUAUUCCAUCACAGGGCUAGACGGUGGUUACUACGAAUUUUGUUUAGAAUUUUCACUGCUCCAUUUCAUCACGUAGGAUUUGCAGACUUUUGGUUGGCUGACCAGCUCAAUAGUUUGGCACCAGUCAUGUUGGAUUUUGAAUAUUUUAUCUGCUUCUAUGCCUUUGAUCUUAAUUGGAAAACCAACACCCAAGAAACUUCAUCUUGUCUUGGAACAAAGUAUGGUAUUCGAGGUCUGGUCAGCUGCCUGCCUGCCUGGUUCCAAAAACGAGAGAAAAUUGAUGAUGAUGACGACGAAGAAGAAGAUUACCUUGAGUUACAUGCCAAUGUUUUCUUUUAUGGCUGGAUUGUAGCCUUGUUCAUUAGUUCCUGUUAUACUUUCACUUGGGAUCUCAAAAUGGAUUGGGGGCUCUUAGAAAAAACUGAUGGUGAUAACAAGUUUCUACGUGAAGAGUGUGUUUAUGCAUAUAAUGCCUAUUAUUACUUUGCCAUUAUAGAAGACUUUAUUUUACGAUUUAUAUGGACAUUAAAAGUAUCUGUGAUAGAAAAGGGAAUGGUGCCCAAAGAAGAAGCCAGAACAAUUCUUAUGACACUUGAAGUUUUCAGGCGUUUUGUAUGGAACUAUUUUCGUCUUGAAAAUGAACACUUAAACAACUGUGGUCAGUUCCGAGCAGUCCGGGACAUUUCAAUUGCACCAAUUGAAUCAAAUGACCAAGCCUUGCUGAUUGAAAUGAUGGAUGAUCCUGAAGGACUUGGACCUCGAAAAUAUCGGGCAAGAUUCUUAGAAAGAAAUCGAAAAGAAGCCAAAGUGUGGGUCGAAUAUGAAGAAGACAAUGACUAA